AUGUCUGCAGAAUUAGCACAACUGUUGGAGGAGGUAAUUCUGACUCCUGAUCAAUCGCUACGUGUAGCGAAUGAAACGCAGUUGAAGAAACUUUCAAAUGAGAAUUUUUUGCAAUUUGCAGGCCUUUUAUCUAGUGUUUUAAUCGACGAAAAUGCGAGAUUGGAGGCCCGUAUAUUGGCAGCAUUGACACUUAAGAAUGAAUUGGUUGCUAAGGAUUCCGUCAAGGCAUCUCAAUACGCUCAAAGAUGGAUUACCGUGGUGGAUCCUGCUUCGAAAGAUCAAAUAAAGCUGAACACUGUUCAAGCUCUGUUAACCGGCGAACCCCGUGUUGCUAAUGCAAGUGCUCAAUUGAUUGCUGCCAUCGCCAAUAUCGAAUUGCCAAGAGGCGAAUGGGGGGAUCUAAUGAAAACCAUGGUGGACAGUACCAAUCCAUCUCAACCUGAAAACGUUAAAAGAGCUUCUUUAUUGACUUUAGGAUACAUCUGUGAAAGUGCUGACCCUCAGAGUCAAGUUCUAGUCUCUUCUUCCAAUAGUAUUCUAAUUGCCAUUGUCCAAGGUGCCCAAUCCUCAGAACCUUCGGUUGCAGUGCGUCUGACUGCGUUGAAUGCGUUGGCGGAUUCGUUAGUAUUUAUUAAAAAUAACAUGGAGAGAGAAGGUGAAAGGAAUUAUUUGAUGCAGGUGGUUUGUGAAGCUACUCAGGCUCCCGAUACAACGAUCCAGACUGCAGCAUUUGGUUGUCUCUGCAAAAUCAUGUCACUUUACUACCCAUUCAUGAAACCUUACAUGGAACAAGCGCUUUAUGCGCUAACGAUAGCCACAAUGAGGUCUCCUGACGACAGGGUAGCCUCUAUGGCGGUUGAGUUUUGGUCCACGAUUUGUGAAGAAGAAAUUGAUAUCGCCUACGAGCUAGCCCAAUUCCCACAGUCCCCGCUACAAAGUUACAACUUUGCUCUAGCGUCCCUAAAGGAAGUGGUCCCCAAUUUACUAAGUCUUCUAACUCGCCAGAACGAGGACCCUGAGGAUGACGAUUGGAACGUGUCCAUGUCCGCAGGUGCUUGUUUACAACUAUUUGCUCAAAAUUGUGGUAAUUACAUCUUGGAACCGGUUUUACAAUUUGUGGAACAAAAUAUUACCAGCGAAAACUGGCGUCAAAGAGAGGCCUCCGUAAUGGCUUUCGGCUCUAUUAUGGACGGUCCCGAUAGAACUCAAAGGACCUAUUACAUCCAUCAAGCAUUGCCAGCGAUCUUCAACUUGAUGACUGAUCCUAUGGUUCAAGUUAAAGAAACAGCAGCUUGGUGUGUUGGUAGAGUUGCAGAUCUGGUGGUAGAUGCUAUUGAUCCUCAACAACAUCUGCCCAACGUCGUUCAGGCUUGUCUCCUUGGGUUACAAGAUCACCCUAAGGUGGCCACUAACUGCGCAUGGACUGUAAUCAAUCUGGUAGAACAACUAGCAGAACUAAGGCCGAGCCCCAUCUAUAACUACUACCCAGCACUUGUGGAUGCCCUGAUUAAGACUGCCAGCAGACCUGAUAACGAAUUUAACGCUAGAGCUUCAGCAUUUUCAGCAUUAACCACAAUGGUUGAAUAUGCUACUGAUACCGUUGCGGAAAGCUCAGCAUCGAUUUCUACCUUUAUCAUGGAUAAAUUGGGUCAAACUAUGGGGUUAGAUGAAUCACAAUUGACCAUGGAAGAUAGACAGAGUUUACAAGAGUUACAAUCGAAUGUUCUAACCGUUUUAGCUGCAGUGAUAAGGAAAUCUCCUGCUAGUGUGGAAUCUGUGUCGGACAUGUUGAUGGACUUGUUCUUGAAGCUUUUGGAUAAGAAGGAUGCGUCUUACAUUGAAGAUGACGUGUUCUAUGCUAUUUCCGCAUUAGCUUCAUCCAUGGGUAAGAAUUUCGAGAAAUACCUGGAGACUUUCUCACCAUAUUUGGUGAGAGCUUUAAAUCAAGUAGAUUCACAAGUCUCUAUUACCGCCGUUGGAUUCGUGGCAGAUAUCUCCAAUUCCUUGGAAGAAGAUUUCAAGAAGUAUGCACCUGCGUUUAUGAGCGUUUUGGGUCAAAUGAUUUCUGCUGAAAAUGCCAAGAGGGAAUUGAAACCAGCUGUUCUCGGUGUGUUUGGUGACAUUGCCUCUAACGUGGGCCCAGACUUUACACCAUAUUUGAACGAAGUCAUGGCAUUAUGCGUGGCCGCUCAGAACACAAAGCCUGAAAAUGGUACUUUAGAAGCUUUGGAUUAUCAAAUUAAAGUUUUAGAAGCUGUUCUUGACGCCUAUGUGGGGACUGUUGCAGGUCUACGGAGUACGCCUGCUGCGCUUUUCCCUUACGUAGGAACAAUUUUCCAAUUCAUCUCCUUAUUAGCCGAAGAUCCUCAGUUAUAUGGCGAAGAUUCCACCGCAAGAGCGGCUGUCGGUAUUGUUGGUGAUAUCGCCGCCAUGUACCCUGACGGGUCCAUAAAACAAUUUUACGCGCAAGAAUGGGUAACGGAAUUUAUCAAGAGAACUAGAAGUAACCAGACAUUCAGCCAGUCUACAAAGGAUACAGCUAGGUGGGCAAGAGAGCAGCAAAAACAUCAACUUUCCUUGUGA